AUGAGCAACUAUAAUCCCAGAGUUCCUAGAGGGGGAGCAACUCAAGGGGAUCCUAGAGUGGACAGGAUCCUACAAGCACCGAAAGCUUUUGGUGAUAUAGUUGGGCAGCAAGUGAGGAAUCAAGCUGCUGCUGCUCUUGCUCCGCUUGAGGACCCGUUAGCUGGAAACGGGAAUGGAGCUCAACAGAUACAAAAAUUGGUAGAGCAAUUCCCGAAGUUAAAACAGCCAAAGUUUUCUAGAGUUGGCGACCACGAGGCUGCCACUUCUUGGAUAAAAGAAUUGGAGAAAGCUUUUGCACUACUAAAGUGCAAUGAGGAGGACAAGGUGACAUUGGCGGUCUAUCGGUUGCAAGGGAAUGCCGGCACCUGGUGGCAAGCUACACAAGAAGAUGACAGAGUUUAUACGCCUGCGCCGGAUCGGAUGUACGUAGACCACUAUGAAGCCAAGUUUUCUAAGCCGUCUAUGUAUGCACCUAGAAUGGUGGAAGAUCCCGUGGACAGGGCGAGAAGAUUUAGAGAUGGGUUGAAACCGGAGCUGAAGGAUCGGUUGGUGCCGUUGAACUUGAAAGAUUACAAUGAGUUGUACAAAAGGGCCUAG